UCAAUUUUAGUCAAUCAGCAUUUGCGCUCCUAUCGACACCUCUGGGUUUCAGACCAGCGCCAGCAUUCCAACCUUUCUGUUUUGCAACACCCAGUCCUCACAAUCUCCUAAACUGUAAACAGAUCUCACAACCCCCCAAAUGUAGCAUUUGCUCGAUCGAACCUAUCGCAAACACCGCAAGGAUGUCCCGCUAACGGUCAGUUCACCCGUUGCAAGGGCAUUCAGUAGGAAUGGGAUAAACAGUGAUCGGACUUAAUGAUGUGUUUAUGUUCCGAUCGCCAUUCCACGAGCGCCUGUGUACGGGAUUUGCCUUUCAACUUGAAUGACCCUGCCUGAGGGCUGUCUGCAAGUCUGGGGGAAUUCAACGACGCCAUCUUCAGUAUUCCAAUCCAUAAUCAAAAGAGAGUCCAGUGCAAAUCAUUUUGACUUCAAAGAGGACAACACACUUUCUAAAAAUUUCCGUAACGCCAAACAAAAGCGGGGAAAAUGGUGCGUGACUGAGAGAUAUCAAUGGUUUCUUACUCUCCACUUGCCGGCCGGUCGACGGCCGUUGGCGUCUCUCUCUAGAAAAGCCUUGAACUAAUUUGCUUCGCCGUAAAUACCAUGCAUGUCACAUAAUAAGAGUGAUGGUUUAGCGACACAACGCCAACGUCUAGCCUUCCACGUUCAUGCACAGUUGCAUUCCAGCACAGAGUAUAUAGCCAACGGGUACAGACUAUUCACACUACUAGCAGGGUAGUGAAGUGUUAGCAUGCGAUACAGUUCCUCUGCUAAGUGUUCACUUACGGGAGUGUUAAUAUCAUAACUACCGCAAACCCACCGAGGGAAUCGGCAGCUUAUUUUCGGGAUUUCGAGUGUCUCUGGCUUAAAACCGAUGUCCGAUUGGCACUGGUCAUAGUUUUGACCACUUGGAAGCAUACUUCUUCUACGGAAUUUAUGAAAGAUGACGAUCGAACGAAUCGAUACGUUCUACGAUCUGGAUACCAUCUACAGCACGAUCGAACGGAUGCUUCUACUCAUACGGCAGCUGUCCGGCGUAUCGCGAUUAGGUGAAAAUGGACGCUCGCUGUCCUUUGAGCUGCAGUGGAUGAAUGCGAUCGACGAGCGCAAAUAUCAGAUCGAAGAGCUGCGCAGCUCGGUCCAGUAUCUGUUCGGUCAGUUUCGCAAAAUCUAUUUAGUCAACAAAGAUCUCUAUGCGCAGCUCAACAAACGGGGUGGCCGUGUGUUCGAGCUGGAAAAACAGAUCGAGGCGCAGGGUGACAGUAAGUGUCUAUACUUUUUGGCCGAUGCAAUCAAGUAUGAGCCGGCUCUGUUGGCGAUGCAGCGUGUGCUGGAUCGUACAAUGCGCGAAAUCCGUAUCUUUCGCAAUCAGCGCAACCAGCACAAGCUGGAGCUUUGCAUUGGGCACAUCCGAGCCGAGAAUCUCGAUAAGGUGUACGAUGAGUACUGUUCGUUCGAGAGUGGCCUCCAGCAGCUACCAGCGAUCGUUGAGGCGGUGUUCGAACGGGACUUUCGAAACUUGAUGAAAAUUCUACUAUUUCUCAGUGGCUAUCGGAAGCUUAACAAGGUUAACUCUGCGGAAACGUUCGUGGCAGGUUGUGAGAUCCUGGUACAACACCUUAAACACUGUGGAGCAUUGCUACUAGAACAACCACAGUGUCUGUUGAUUUAUGGAUUCGUAAUCGACGCAUUGCAGGAGCGUCCUGAUAAAUCGGUGGCCACACUGCAGGAGGAUGUGUUUCGCGAGCGUUUAGAGCAAGUACGGAACGAUCUCGUCGGUUGUGUCCAAAGAACGGUACGACUCAUUCAAACUGAUCCUCAACAAACAGCCCCCUUGGCGCGAUUGUUUCACCAUUUGGCGGACGAAAUCCUGAUCGAACUACUAAAAUGCGCAUACGAGGGCAAUGUAAAAAAUCUCAACAACAUACUACAGUUCGUGUCGCAUCUUUCUCGGAUCGAUCAUGAUAUCAUUAGCUACCGGGUGCUGUAUGCACAGAUGGAACACUAUGAUCAUCUCUUCUGUCCGGAGAUAUUUCUGCUAGCGUAUCGCAUCAAACAAACGAUGACGGCUCCAGGCUUUGCGUCCGCCAGUCUACGGGCAGAUCUAGAACGUUUAAAAAUCAAUCUGCACCCGGUGAUAGUGUCAAUCCUAUGGAAAACCGUUGCGGUAUCACGAUUUGAAUCCCGUAUCCUACUAAAGUUUGGCACAAUCGGUAAAGAGGUAAGCUUCUCGCGCUACACAGCCGAUAAAAACCGCAUCGAGCUAGAGCCGCUUGAAGAUGGGAAUUGCUUUCGUAUUCGAGGUAUUGCAAUCAAUGGAUACCUCGGUGAAAGUGGAACCGGACAACCAAUCAUUGCGCCCAAAAGUGAGAGUAUAUCGAAUACGAAAUUCCGCUGGAAGUUGAUUCCAAUCGAGGGUUGCGAAUACUUUCGGAUACAGAACUACGCCAGCGGUGCUAUGCUGUACUCGCGAAUCCCGAGCGAAGACCCAGAGUACGAU